CUCUCUUUCUGCUUUCACACUCAGCAUUUCUUCUGCCAUCCUAUUUCAUCCUACCAUGUCUCGUCAGUCCACUGUCUCCUUUAAGUCGGGGAGCCGAAGGGGCUUCAGUGCUGCCUCAGCCACCACCCCUGCUGCGGGACGUUCCUGCUUCAGCUCUGUCUCCAUGGUUCGCUCAUCAGGAGUCCAUGGAGGAUUAGGGAGGAUCAGUGGUGUGGGGACUGGCUUUGGUAGUCGAAGUCUCUACAAUCUGGAUGGGUCAAAGAGAAUCUCCAUCAGUGGGGCCAAUAAUGUCUUCCGGAGUGGAUUUGGUGGGAUAGCAGGUAGAUAUGGCUUUAGUGGUGGCAUUAAAAAUGGACUAGGUUUUGGAGCUGGGGUUGGAAGUGGUUAUGGGGGUACUGGGUUCCCUGUUUGCCCCCCUGGUGGAAUUCAAGAGGUCACUGUGAACCAGAGUCUACUGGCUCCUCUCAACCUGCAAAUUGACCCCACCAUCCAGAGAGUGAGGAAGGAGGAACGAGAGCAAAUCAAGUCCCUCAACAACAAGUUUGCCUCUUUCAUUGACAAGGUGCGGUUCCUUGAACAGCAGAACAAGGUGCUGGAUACAAAGUGGACACUGCUUCAGGAGCAGGGUAUGAAGACUGUGAAACAGAAUCUAGAACCAUUAUUUGAAACCUAUAUUAGUAAUCUCCGCAGACAAUUAGAUGUCGUCAAGUCUGAAAGAGGAAGGCUUGACUCUGAACUGAGAAACAUGCAGGAUGUUGUGGAAGAUUAUAAAGUCAAGUUUGAAGAUGAAAUCAACAAACGUACUGCUGCUGAGAAUGAGUUUGUGACUCUGAAAAAGGAUGUUGAUUCUGCCUAUAUGAAGAAGAAGGAGUUGGAGGUCAACAGCAAUAACUUGAUGGAUGAGAUAAACUUUCUCCAGUCAAUGUUUGAAAUGGAGCUGUCCCAGAUGCAAAAUCAGAUUUCAGACACUUCUGUGGUGCUUUCUAUGGACAACAAUCGAAGCUUAGACCUGGAUAGCAUCAUUGCUGAGGUUAGAGCUCAGUAUGAGGACAUCGCUAAUCGCAGCCGGGCAGAGGCAGAGUCUUGGUAUCAGACCAAGUAUGAGGAGCUUCAGGUCACAGCUGGACGUCAUGGAGAUGACCUCCGCAACACCAAGCAUGAGAUUGCUGAGAUGAAUAGAAUGAUCCAGAGGUUGAGAGCUGAGAUUGACAGCGCCAAGAAGCAGUGUGCCACUUUGCAGACAGCCAUUGCUGAUGCUGAACAACGUGGUGAGAUGGCUCUCAAGGAUGCCCGAGCCAAGCUGGUGGACCUUGAAGAUGCCCUGCAGAAAGCCAAACAAGAUAUGGCACGUCAGCUUCGGGAGUACCAAGAACUAAUGAAUGUCAAGUUGGCCCUGGAUAUCGAGAUUGCCACCUACAGGAAGUUGCUGGAAGGAGAAGAAUGCAGAUUGAGUGGAGAGGGAGUUGCACCAGUUAAUAUCUCUGUGGUCACUUCCACCCUCUCCAGCGGCUAUGGCAGUGGCAGUGGUGUUGGCGGCACUGGCCUGGGUUUGGGUGGGAGUACCAGCUAUUCCUAUACCACCAGUGGUGGGCACAGCCUGGGUGGGGGGCUGGGGAGUACUGGUUUCAGCGCUAGCAGUGGCCGAGGGCUGGGAGGCAGUGGCAGUAAUUCCAGUGUUAAGUUUAUCUCCACCACCUCCUCUAGAAAGAGCUAUAAGCAUUAGAUGUUCUCCAUCAAUAUCUCUCCCAAUUUUACUUCAUCCUGGAUCUGGACCUAGCCUUUUCACUAGAUGCCCAGAUGCCUAGGUUUUUUGGGUAUUCUUAUCUCUCCCUUGGUGGUCAGCUAAGCCAUCCAUUUAUCCAUUUUGAUGUAUUUUUGGUGUUGCUGAGGAGCUGGGAGCCACAAUCACACCUAGGCCUCCUACCCCUAGUCCAGGCUUUGCUUCUCAGAUAAAUCUAAUUGUACUCAUAGAUGCUUAGUUCUGCUGUCCAAGAUACAGUGCCAAAGCUUCUCUCGUUCAAGGUAAUUCAGUUCAACAAGCCUUUGACAUAUGUAAGAAAGAGCGCUGAUUCCUGGGAUGUCCAAGUUCUAAUUCAGUUUCAGAAGAUUCACUUAAGUUUUCUCUAUAUGUAAGAAGUUAAGGGGAAUUUGAGUUCUGAUACCAUUUCUUCAAUGUUACAUUUCCACAAGUGUUUCCAGAUGACUUCCUCUUCUAGGAAGUCUGUCUUGCUGAUUCCACAAAUGUUAUUUUAUUGGUUGCUCCAUCCUGUGGUGUAUAUGAGCUGCUCUCUGAGGGUAUCCCCUCCUUCCUUUAACUUCUAGGAAAUUGUCUAUUAAAAUGCAUGUAUAACGUCUAAAUAGA